CCGUCACCGGAGCGCGCCGGAAGCGCGGCGGGGCCGGGCAGAAGAUGGCGGCGGCGAAGCGCAGCGUCCUGUCCUCCCUGGCCGUGUACGCUGAGGACUCGGACCCGGAGUCCGACAGCGAGGCCGGGCCGGCGGGCGGCGAGGGGGCCGCGGGGGAGAAAGGCGGGCUCGUCUCCGUCGGGUACGGGGAGGACGACUUCACGCGGCUGGACGGCGAUGAGGAGGGCUACGAGGAGGAGGACGAGGAGACCAGCAGGCAGUCAGAAGAUGACGAUUCAGAGACUGAAAAACCUGAGGCUGGUGACCUAAAGGAAUUCUCAGAACUGGAGAAAAGAGACCCUCAGGAGCUAGUCGCUUCUUUUUCAGAGAGAGUGCGGAACAUGUCUCCAGAUGAAAUCAAAAUCCCUCCCGAGCCUCCUGGCAGAUGUUCUAACCACUUGCAGGAUAAAAUUCAAAAGCUGUAUGAGAGGAAAAUAAAAGAGGGCAUGGAUAUGAACUACAUCAUUCAAAGGAAGAAGGAAUUCCGCAACCCCAGCAUCUAUGAAAAGCUGAUCCAGUUCUGUUCAAUUGAUGAACUUGGUACAAAUUACCCAAAGGAUAUGUUUGAUCCUCAUGGCUGGUCAGAGGAUUCGUAUUAUGAGGCACUAGCAAAAGCCCAGAAGAUUGAGAUGGACAAACUGGAGAAGGCCAAGAAGGAGCGCACAAAGAUUGAGUUUGUGACUGGCACUAAGAAGGGCACAACAACAAGCGCUGCCUCUACAACAACCACAACAGCCAGUACCACGGUGGGAGAUGCACAGAAGAGGAAGAGCAAAUGGGACUCAGCCAUCCCCGUAACAACGAUAGCUCAGCCCACCAUCCUCACCACUACUGCAACGCUGCCGGGCGUUGUCACAGUGACAACAAGUGCGAGUGGAUCCAAAACUACGGUCAUAUCAGCUGUUGGCACCAUCGUGAAAAAGGCAAAGCAGUGACUAGCCUGCUGGGCCUGGAUUUUUGGACUGAUUGUCAUCGAAGCUAUUGUUCUCGAAAGGGAGGGGUAGCUUUCGCCUUUGGUAAAAGAUGACAAGAUUCUUUGAAACAGACCACAGUUCCCAUUUGAAAGAAUGGGGGCAGGAGCAGGCAUGCCAGCUGUGUGCCCACAGGAAUGGACCUCUGCCGAAAAUGCCUCUGUCUUUUCUUGCUGCAGGAAGAACCAGUCUGUGUGUUGUGCUUGGAGGAAGGUUGGAUGUAAAGCCAGCCUGUAAAAGUUAGCUUAUUAAAUUACUGCAUUAGGUUCUCAUCCUACCUGCGAGUCUGGUGUAAAAAAAAAAAAAAAGUGGUGAUGGAAUAUCAUAUUACCCUUGUGUAUUCCAGAUCAUCCAGAGGCUGCUGCUUGUGAUACGUACCUCCCUCACGUGCACUAAUUCGGUUUCAAGGGAAGUAGAGCAGAGACAAUUGGUCAGUGUCCAUCUUCAAACGUGUAGCAGAGACUUAAUGAUCAAUGUCCAUCUGUGAAUGUCGGCUCACUCUUUGUUAUAGUACUGACAUCUAUCUGUACCUAUGUGCGUAUCUGUGUAGAUCUUAGUGAUCACGUGUUAAACAGCUGAAACAUUGAGGUAACUACUGAAAUUGUCACGUUACCAUCUAUCAGGGAUGGAGAUUUCUAUGCAGAAGCCGUAAGCUGUGGAGGUUUGAUUUGUGAACUCACUUGUAAAGACCUGUGCAGAAAACUGUUCCAUUGCCAUGGAAUGAGAUUGGACAGCAGAUAAUCAGAGUACCUGAACUGUGAUCCUGUCUUUGUAGUAGUGUUCUACCCUGAAGUGCACACAUGGCACUGCUUGCUCCACUGUUGUGAAAAAGUAUUUUCAGUUGAAAUUUUUAUUGUAUAAAUCUUCUUACUUGUGUUGCAAAAAGUUAUUAUAAAAAUUGAAAGUCUUUAAAAAAAAAAA